ACUCGUUUGAAGAGAAAAAAAGUAACAUAAAUAAAUCGUUGUAAUCGGAAUUCAGAGUGUAUUCUAAAUAGAAAUAAUUAUAAAAAGUAAUUGCGUAUUACCGAGUAGGUAGGUAUAUACUUUGGUCGUCCACGUCCCCCCCCCACGCCUUGACGAAUCGCGCGAUAGGUACCUAUAUAUAGGUAUAGGCUAAUAGUAGUUAGGUAGGUUUACCUAUUGUUAGAAAUGCAGACAGCAGCAAUCGCGUCUAGAUAGCACGGACAAGCCACUCCUAUAUAUGAUACGUUAACGCCGCACGGGUUACCAUCGUGUUUUUUAAGAAGAGUAGGUAUAUUUAUAAUAUUGCAUAAAACCUCUCGCGGGAGAGGCUCGUUUAUAAUCAAUGUCGAAAAACGUAAGCCUAAUGCGCGGCAUUAGCAUCUACACGAGUAGUGAUGCAAGUCGUGACGGUAAUGUUUUUAAGUACCACGUUCGACAGCAGUGAGUGCGCCGCCGUAGCGUUGUAAAAGCGUGAAAAAAACGUUCACUCCACCCUUCACCGCCGUCGACCCCACCGAACCCUACCACACACAGUACGCGAACCGACCCACAAUCUCCGUCGGCGGCGGAGGCGUUUGGCGUCAUCUGCGGCGGCGGCGGCGGCGGCAGCAAAUGGUAAACACCGUGCGUGUUAUCAAUGUCAAGGACUGCUGUUAUCAGGCGCACACACGCGCACACGUACGCACGUACACAACAACAAAACAGAAGCGGACUUAUUGAUUAUUUUCGGCCAGUGACAACUGCUUAAUAUUAUUAUUUUCGUUUCCGUUCCCCCGUUAUUGUUUUGUUUCUUUUUUUUUAACCGCUUAGUUUUUUUUUUUUUUUAUUGCUCCCAUCCCACCGAAUACACAUUUCGCUUGGCGACUCGCCGAAACGAGUCGACUGACGUUCGCGGGGGGGCCGGCCGUCUGCGUUUUCCGAUUGCGCGGUCGGAGGAAUGACGACGACGACUACGACGACGGUGACGAUGACGGCGGUACUCGACUAAAACGAUAUUCGCGACUUGGACGGCGUUCCGCGGGUCCACGGUGUUGGUGGAUGCCCCUCGCCAGCGUACGCGUUCGAGACGGGAGCCGGAGCGCCGCCGUGUCCGAAUGGAGACGACUAGUGGAACAGUGUGACUUGUUUCCAAUCACUAGAGUUGGAUUACUGGAUUAUCUCUGUUGACGGUAUCAAAUUGUUAAUAAUUCAAAAAUAAGGAAUAUCACACUGUACUAUGUUGCCCAAUACGAUUGCUGUAUCAUCUACUUUGCCAAGAGUAAAAAAUAAAACAUUCAAUGAAAAUGAUGAAAACGUUUCAUAUUCAAAGCCUGUAGGUUUUCAAAAAGAUCGUAAAAGUUGGCCAUUGGCACAAGUGAUGGAAUGUGUUGAUCUUGAAACAGUGUCACGCAUAUCAUCUUUAGAAUCUGAAAAGGAAACUAGUGCCAUAAACUCAAAUAUUUCUUCUCACAAUAAUUGUGUAACAGUACUUCAGACAGAUAAUAAUUUACAGCCUGAAUGUAUUAACGAAUUGUGUUCAGAUGAUCAACCGAGUAAUGUCUUAAAAAUUGUCUUGCCUCUAGUCAGUGAAAAUGUGCCAUUGAAUGGCCAUUCAAUAGCAAUCGAUCACGAUCAAUUUUUACAAGAAGAAAGUUCUGUUGUUUCAAGCAAUAAUCAUGUUCAAUAUUUUCCAGAACAAUGUGAAGAUGUGCCAGUUUAUGUGAAUAAAUACAUGAAUAAUAGAAAUCAUUCUUUACCUGAAGAUAAUGAACUAAAUCGAUUCAGUUCAACAUUUGAAGAUAUAAAAACGUUACUUAAAGAAGGUCUAGUUGACGGUUUAGAUGAAAUGCCACCAGACUUUCAGCCUCCACAACCACCUCUACUUUAUAGAGUUUCUUCGUUACCAAAUCUUCUAAGUCAUGAUAGUACAAAAACUCAUCAUUCGUGUUCAUACUUAACUAUGUGUGCAACUAAACACGAAUUAUUUAUGAAUAAACUUUGCAAAAAUAUUGUUGCCAAACAUGACAUGUCUGUGCAAGUAUCAACCGAAUUAUUUAAACAUCAAAAUCAAAAAGUCUAUGUCGACACAAGCUGCCAAACAGAAGAUAUUUUUGUGAACUGUCAAGUGAAUAAUGAAGUUUUAACCCAAGAAAUCUAUCAAAAUGAUUGUCUCAAGAAUAGUAAUGUUUUUAAGAAUGAACUCCAAAUAAAUACCAACGAUAAAGAUGAUAUUAAAAGUAAUAUGGAAGAAGAAAACUAUACCAGUAUUGAUUAUACAAAUUUAAAUGUUAAUAAAAAACAUGAACAUGAUACUACUGAGGAAAACGACUUAACAGGUAUUGGUUACACAAAUAUUAAUGUAUUUAAUAAAGAACUUCAAACUAAUGAUGAAGAAAAGGAUUGCACUGACAUUGAUUACACAAAUGUUAAUGUAUUUAAUAAAGAACUUCAAACUAAUGAUGAAGAAAAGGAUUGCACUGACAUUGAUUACACAAAUGUUAAUGUUAUUAAUUCUGAAUACGAAGUCAAAACUAAUGAAGAAGAGGACUGUGCCAGUUUUGGUUAUUCUGAUGUUAACACAUUGAACACGACAAAUGAAAUUAAUGCCAAUGGAGAGGACUGUACUAGUAUUGGUUAUAUCAAUAUUAAUGGUUUUAAUAAAGAUAAUAUAAUAACUAAUAAUGAGGAUAAUUUUACUAAUGUUAGUUAUACUAAAAUCACUACUUUUAACCAAGCAUGUGCGUCUAAACCCACUGAUAUUGACUAUACAAAUAUGAAUGUAGUUGAGAAUGGAAACAAAAUUAGUAUUAAUGAAGAAGACAAUUUGAAAAUUGGUUAUACCAGUAUUAAUAUGUUUGGAAAAGAGCUUGAAGGUAUAAAUGGAGAGGACUGUGUUGACAAUGGUUAUACAAAUUUCAGUUUAUAUGACAAAGGACUUGACAUUGAUUCUAAUGAUGAUUGUGAAAACUAUGCAAAUGCUAACAUUUUAGAAGAAUUUGUGAAUGAACAAAUAAGCCUUAACAACACUGAUGGAGAUUUUGAUUCAUUUUUAUUUGGACCAUUGCCUCCAUCACCUAUUGAAGAAAUUGUUUCAGAGCUACCUAUAUUGAAUGGUGUUGAAACAAAAAGAGAAAACUCUGCACCCAUGCCUUUCAUAUUUAAUGUUCAUAAAAACGAACCAAGUACUUCAAUAAUCAAAUCUCGAUCAAUAGACGCUGAAUUUUCUCAUAAUUUUCAGCAACAUCAAAAAAUUGGAACACGAUCUGUACAAUCUGAGAGAAGAACUUAUCCAUCUGAAGUACCUGUUUCUGAUGGACAUCCAAAGCCAUUAAUGCUUAAAAGUAGUAUUCACCCCAGUACUAUUGAAAAAUUAUCAGACAUUUCGAGUUCAUUGCCGGAUACACCGCUAUUAGGAAGAUGUGAUUUUCCACGUCAGUAUUCAGCCACUGGCACUAAAACAAUGUCUCAGAUGUCAAAUAGUAUGAGCAUCAACAUGAGAGGUGCUGGGCAUGGUUCUAGCAUUGGUUUGGGUCAAGCAAUGGCUGGUGCAGAGUUGUUGCACUUAAAUGGACCUGGUAGGGGAUGGUAUCCACGACAACGACAAUUUCGCCCUGUGUCAGUUGAACAGCUUGAUAAAUUGGCUAGCAAAAGCCCUGUGGGCCACUCUCAAUGGGAUUCUCGAGAAGGCCAUAAACCUGUUACAUUACCCCCAAAUCUUACACCCAAGUUCUUCCACAGGUCCCCUAGAGAAGCGCUUCGACGUGUCACAAGUUUACUUAUUAGAAAGGGCAAUACUAACAAAAAUAACAAAUCUAAAACUGUAUUCUCUUCUUCAGUGAUUGGACCACACGGGGAUAUAAGUGAAGAAUGUGUAACCAGUCAAUCCAAACGUGGAUUUUUCAAAAGCUUAUGGAGAAAAUAAGACUUCUUAUAACGUGCAAUCAAAUUUUGUGGCCAUAUAUCUUAAUUUAUUUAUUAUUUAUUUUAUCAUUACUCUGUCUUCGAAUCUAUGUUUAACCUUGUGUUUACUGUACUAACUUUUACUAUAUAAUUUUUAUAUGUUUUUAUGUGUAAUAAAUUUUGACAUUAGUAAUAGAAUGUUUGAUAAUUUAUAUAUUUAUUAUUUUUUUUUAACAAAAUUUAAUUUCUUAUUAUUGUUUUUUUUUUUUCAUUUUAUCAUUGUAGAUUUUUUAGAUUGGAAUAAAUGAUUUAUACGAUUAUAUAAUA